UUUUGUCAACAGUACCCGCCAGAGGAUUUCGGCCAGGAUUCUCCGCGCACUUACGCAUCCCCGAAGCCAAAUGUCUAUGGCGACAACCACUACUUCGUUGAUGGAGGUGGUGGAGGACCAGGAGGAGGCGAUCCAUGGACGACACAUGGACCGCCGGGGUUGGCGCCGGCGCCUGCGACGUACGCCACUUCGGCGUACCCUCCGGCACAACCCUACCCUACC